GGCACACCGAUCUCCACUCCACCGCAAGGACCAAUUCGGCGAUCAAGCACAACGCAGCAUCCUACCAGCGCCAAGUGCACACGACAGUCUAGUCCAACGCUCCUGCCGCAGCUCCUGGGAUACACAGUGAGUGAGGAAAGAAAGAGAAGGGCAGAAGGAAGUAGUAGUGCAGUGCAGCAGUACAUGCUGCUGAUGGUCACCAGCAGCCGACCCUGAUGCGGAAACCUUGAUCAUGACCAUGAUGAUGACGAUGAUGAUGAUGAUGAUGCUGUUGUUGCGGUGAUCUCGCGGAGCUGUGAUCAUCGAUCGAUUGGCAGCGGCAUUCUUCCACGGUCAGCAUUCUUCUCAGCCUUGUGUGUGUGUGUGUGUGUGUGUGUGUGUGUGUGUGGGUAGUGUAGUGUGCUCUAUAACAAUCGUUCGCUGCACAAAACGACUAAAGAUCACAACAAAUCGCUCCCCCCCCCCCCCUUCUCGCCACGUGUUUCCGCGCUUCCGUCUCCGCGUGCUCCGUCUCGGGUCUGGCGUGGGGUUCUGGUAACCGAGAAUGAGCAUAAAGCGACACAGCAGCAUCGCGCAGGAGCCGAGUGUGUCUGUGGUGUUGUCUCGCACCGUUAGUGUCUCGCAGUGUCCAGCAGCGGCCCGAUUCGAUCUCAGAUCCACCAGGAUCCAUACGCCAUCCAGACGCCAUGUACGUCCGACACCUGGCGCUGGCGCUGGUGGUGAUGGUGCUGCUCACCACCAUCAGUACCACCGGUGAUGUGACGUCGUUCAGCGAGGACGCUGACGCUGACAAUUCCAGCGAAACGGUCGGAUCGCUGGAGGAAGCGUUCAGUCUCUACCCGGACGAAUGGACGAAUGGAAUCACCUCCCCCCGGACCGGCUCCUCGGAGUCGGACUACCUUGGUACUCUUCUGCUGCUUCCACAGGAAUCGCCGCUGCCAGUCGAUGACUUCACGGACGAGGACACUGUGGAGCUCCAGCUCAACGGUGACCGAACCAGCACCAGCAGCAGCUUCUACAUUCCCCAGUCGCAAGCGACGAAGGGUAAACCGGUGAGGAGCGCCACCCUAACGGCAGCAGCCACACCGCCAUUGACGCGCCUUUCAGAGCUCUUCCGCAGCACGCUGACGCGGUUCGGGUUGGUGUCGUCGCCCACCGACACCUACCAGAUUCCUGGGCCGACGACGACCGAGCAGUCCCGGUUCCGAUCCUACCGUUUCCGGCCCCACUUUGUCAACACCGCUAAAGGACUGCGCAAUAUUCCGGCCCAGCUGAACGAUGGACAACUGGUGCACGCACCGGAUGAUGUCACGGAGCGACCAUCGUCAUCGUCAUCGUCAUCGACUGCCAGCCGGAGACCGGCGGGGGAAUCAACGACGGUCGGGCGCCCCAGUCAGGGCACAACGCCCAGCUCGACCAUAACGAGCCUGUUCAACAGCUUCAAGCGCAAGAUCAAAGCCAUCUACCCGGGCACGGUAUGGUGCGGCGAUGGCAACCAGGCCAAGAGCGAGGACGACAUCGGGUUCUUCUACCUCACCGAUAGCUGCUGCCGGGCGCACGAUCUGUGCCCCAUCACGAUCGCGGCUGGCGAGCAGUUCAAUCGGCUUCGCAACAACGGUCACUUCACCCGCUCGCACUGUGACUGUGAUAAGCAGUUCUACAACUGCCUCAAGAACGCCGACACGCUCGUCUCGCGCCAGAUCGGUUACACCUACUUUAACCUGCUCAAACCGCAGUGCUUCCGCUAUGAGCACCCGAAGGUCAGCUGCACCAAAAGGAAAAAGGGCAAAUGCUUGACGUACGUGGUGAACGAGCAGCAAUCGAAGCAGUGGCAGUGGUUCGACAAUCUCAUCUUCUAGUGCCAGUCUGGUAUCGCAUGGAGGGUACACCAGCGGUGGCAUCCAGUCACGAUUAUUCACGCCUUAGUCAUUAGUUUGAUAGCUUACUAGAGAGGUACGAUCGUCCGAUGACCGAUCGAGCCUCCGCUUUGUCUAUGGCAGGUUCUUAGAGAGGUGGAUCGAUUAGGACUUUAAACAAGAAACCGAUUCCAACGCCAUGGCUAAUAGAUAAGGGAUCGAAGAUGUUAUGAAUAAACGAUCUGCCCGGCCCAAAACCGGUGAGUGGUGCGCUAAAUACCUCACAUACGCACUUGUAACUGUACGAUUGCCUGUAAACACCCGCGCACACGCAUAGCACAGCGAUUGUGAGAACGCGAGCACGGGGACAUAUACAUACGUGUGCGAACGAGGUGGGGCCUGCUGUAACAGCGUCCCUACACACGCUAAAAGUUUUGCUUGUGUUAUGGAAAUGUUCAAAAAGUUCAUGUAAAAACAAUUGGUUUGUGUCCUAGCCAUAUGGACAUUUCCAUGCCACGUGUAAAAAAAAAUCCACAUCGCA